AUGGUGAUCACAGGAUGGAUAAUACUGUGGAGUAUAAUCUUUGAAGUUACAGAAUGCGAUGUGACUGACAACAAAGAUAUUCCACUUGGAUUAAUAAGGGAAUGUUUGGGUAUACGAGGAGAGAGUCUCAAAAUAUGUAAUAACAUAAAGAUUGAAGAAGGGAUAUCUGACCCAAAUACAAAAUGUAGUAUAGAUCAAUGCAGAAAAUCUUGUUGCAUCGCAACUAAUGAGUGUAACCGCUCAAAAUCCCUAUCGAAUGCCUUCUUCAACUGUAUUUCAGAUAAAGUCAUACAAGAACACGGUUCAUGUUGUAUCUUGACCGACAAAAAAUACAAAUAUGCGCGAACGGUAUAUCUAUCAGGGGCAUUCGGGUUAUUCAUGGUUGGCGCAGGCAUUUAUGUACUAUCUUCUAUGAAAUCAGGGAAUGAUAGUGCGAAUGAUGAAGAACCCAGCUAUGACUAUGGAGAUGACGAUAUGGUUGAGUUCGAAUAUGAUGCUCCUCAUUUAAAAGUCAAAAAAAUUAUUGCAACAGAUGGAGAUGAUGUAUUUUGGGAAAAUUAA